AUGGCCGCCUCCGCCCUAGGAAAGCGUGCGCGAACCGACGACGAUAGUAACCCCAAUCCAGAUACUCGGAGAAGGGCAGUCCGCAAGCGGGCUGCUCUUGCUUGUGAUGAGUGUCGCGUUCGCAAAAGACGCUGUGACGGUGGCUUUCCCACGUGCGGCGGCUGUACUCAUCGUCGGUCGGCGUGCGUCUACUCAUCAGAAGUCGAGGCCAGGGCUUGGCAGAGCAGUACCCUGCAGUCAUUACGAAGCCGUCUCGAGGAGUUGGAGGCAGCCGAAACUGCCUCGAAUGUGGGCUUAGGUGCUAGUAGUCCGCAUCGUGAUUCUCAUAUGCCUGCCCGGACACAGCUCCCUGAGGGUGAGGAUGAGGGGAUUGUGCAAAGUGAGGAAGCAGUUCCUCCAACUCAGCAGCAAACGGCCAUGGCACCAUCCAUCCUAGCCGAGCCGCGAAGCUUUGAAAAGCUGAUGAAGCCAAUACUGCAAGCCGUCGAGCAACCAAGCAAGGGCCCCUCCAAUCCGACGCCUUCCAGUUUGAAAGAUCACAAUACAGCUCAGUGCACUUGUGACUUUCUUCUGGGCGCUACCGAGUGGUCGUUGCCUUUGCGGCGGGUUGCUGAUCAACUCGUUGACACCUACUUCGCGCGCGUUCAGCGCAUCUAUCCCAUAUUACACCAACCAACAUUCCGCCGGCGGUACAACCUGCUCUGGCAGUCUGGCAGCGGUGGUGUAACUCGUACAUGCUUGGGUCUGUGCAAGACAAAGAACGAGUGCAAGCUCUUCGCUGCCAUGCUACAAGCUGUGUUCGGCCUCGCCGCGCUCCUCGGGGCUGGGUCACCCGAAGACAACGCUGUCCAGGCCGACGCCUUUUUCUCCAGGGCACAGAAGCUAAAUUUUCUGGACACUCUCGAUGACGAUGUUGGUCUCGAGCUGGUUCAGCUAGGCCUCAUCAUGGGAUUCUACCUACAAGGAACCGACACCUUUUCUAAAUGUUGGAACAUCACGGGGUUGACGAUUCGUUUGGCCCAAAAUAUGGGCCUCCACCUCGAUCUUGAGGAAGCUCGCCUAAAGGGGCUUGUCCCAUCUCAGGUAACGCAAUUGGAACAGGAGAUGCGCAGUCGGGUGUGGUAUGGGUGCGUUGUACUAGAGAGAGAAGUGUCCAUGUCUUUCGGACGGAAGCUCACGGCUCUUCCUAUUGCAACAAACCCGAGACUUCCCAAUCUAGUUGACGAUGAUCUUUUGAGCGACCAGCCAGGCAAAUGGAACACCCAGACCGACGGCCUCCCCAGCCUAGUCGAGUCAUUCGUUUAUACCGCAAAGUUAUAUGAUAUUUUCUACAGACUGCUUGAUCGGCCAGAGUUACAGGAGCCUAUCAGUCCAGACAAAGGCUACGAAGUCCCCGAAGGUGGUUUAUCUAGUAUACGAGCGUUGCUGGAGUUGGACCACGCGGUCAUGGAGUGGCGGGAAGGACUCCCUUCAUAUCUUCGUUAUGAGCCGGAACUGACAGAACGCAACACCACCGACAGCCUGUCGACACUAAAUCGGUCCUCUCCUCCACAUCCUGAUCUCACCAUCCAGGCACAGCGUCUGUAUCUGAGGUUUCUCAACAUCCGAAUAUUGAUUCUGCGCCCGGCACUGGACCAGCUCUUUGAGAAGCAACGCAGAAACCAAACAGAACCAGGGAAGCGAAGACACAGACGCCUCGGAGAUGCCAUUCUCCGCGAUGCCGCGAUACAGUGCGUCCAGUGCGCACAGGAACUAGCCAUUUUUCUGGACGCCCAAGUUCGUUCCAAGAACUUGAUCGCUUGGUGGUAUAAUGUUACCUGUAGGUCACAAACUUCGGGGUAUUGCGGGGAAGCUAUGCUCACUCUCGGUCAGACCUUCAGAGUUGCGCGAGCACGAUUCUCAUCGGCCUGGCCUGCAGCUUCGGAGACGGUGGUGUGCUGGAAGAGUCACUCCCAGGCACUCUGGACAUGUGUCUUCAGGGGCUCGCCCGAUAUUCAGGGCUAA